CUGACUUUUGGGCUCUGUUGUGAUUCUCUUGAACUCUGAGCUUCACAUCCAUAAAUCAUCGUCCACUAUCUGUUCAUCACAGCGAUAGAGCAGGUUCAAGGAUGUGAGGUUGAGGAUGAAGGAGGGAAAACAUCGGUCACGCAGAGACGACAACGAGCGGAGUCACAACUCUGGAUGAGGCCGACGGGACGCAUCUCGUUUGGACCAUGAGGAGCAUGUACAUCCGAGUGACCGUGUGCGUCAGAACACAGGCCGCCACCUGCGAGUCCACACACCUGCUUUGUGGUGUCGCACCACAAAGAGCUUUCUGUAUGACGGCAGCAGGGACGCUGGCACAGGGGAAGUUGGAGGGGAGGAAAGGAGCUGAGGGUACAGGAGUGAGAAAGAGAGGUGUGGAUGGUCGGGUGCGAAGCUUUGAGGAGAUCCCUCACACGGGGAGGAGCGGCUGGAUCAACUUGGUGAAGUUCUGGAGAGAAGAUCGUUUCCGGCAGCUCCACAAGCACACGGAGAGGACCUUCAACGCCCUCGGCCCCAUCUUCAGGGAGCACUUGGGCACCCAAAGCAGCGUGAACAUCAUGUUGCCGAUGGACAUCGCGGAGCUGUUUCGCUCAGAGGGCCUGUACCCCCGACGAAUGACCCUGCAGCCCUGGGCCACCCACAGAGAGACCCGCCAGCUCAGCAAGGGAGUCUUCCUCAAGAACGGCGAGGAGUGGCGAGCUGACCGUCUACUGCUCAACAAGGAGGUGAUGAUGAGUGCCUCCGUGAAGCGGUUCAUCCCCUUGCUUGAUGUGGUUGCGAAGGAUUUCUGCCAGCUGUUGCAGGCGAGGGUUGAGAGGGAAGGGAGCGGCGAGGAGGGGAAGCGCAGUCUGACCAUGGAUCCCAGUCCGGACCUCUUCCGCUUCGCACUAGAAGCUAGUUGCCAUGUGAUCUACGGGGAGCGAAUUGGCCUCUUCUCCUCAUCUCCCUCCCUGGAGUCCCAGCAGUUCAUCUGGGCCGUGGAGCGAAUGCUGGCCACGACCCCUCCUCUCCUCUACCUGCCCCCUCGCCUGAUGCUCCUCAUCGGCGCUCCCCUGUGGACGCAGCACGCCAGCGCAUGGGACCACAUCUACAGCCACGCCGAGGCGAGGAUCCAGAAGGGGUACCAGCGGCUGUCGUCCUUGCAGGCUCGGGGCUCCGAGGCUGCAGCUGGAGGCCAGUACACCGGGGUUCUGGGCCAACUCAUGGAGAAAGGCCAGCUAUCUUUAGACCUCAUCAAAGCCAACAUCACUGAGCUGAUGGCCGGAGGGGUCGACACGACAGCGGUGCCCCUGCAGUUUGCUCUGUUUGAGCUGGGCCGCAACCCCGAGGUGCAGGAGAGGGUGAGGCAACAGGUGAGGACGUCCUGGUCACAAGCUGGUGGGGAUCCUCAGAAAACCAUGCAGGGGGCGCCACUGCUAAAAGGCACAAUCAAGGAGGUUCUCAGGUUAUAUCCGGUGGGAACCACAGUGCAGCGUUAUCCAAUCAAAGAUAUUGUUCUCCAGAAUUACCACGUUCCUGCCGGGACGAUGGUGCAGGCCUGUCUCUACCCUCUGGGAAGGAGCUCAGAGGUGUUCAAGGAGCCACAGCGCUUCGACCCCGGCCGGUGGGGCAGAAGAGAGGACGGCCAAAAGGGAGACGGGGCCGGAGGGUUUCGCUCCCUGGCGUUUGGGUUCGGGGCGCGGCAGUGUGUGGGCAGGAGGAUUGCUGAGAACGAGAUGCAGCUGUUGCUCAUGCAUAUCCUGCUGAACUUCCAUCUCAGCGUGUCGUCCUCAGAGGACCUCAUAACCACAUGCACCCUCAUCCUCCAGCCCGAGACUCCACCAAGAAUCACUUUCAGAAAACUCUGACACACUCACAUGCGAACACAGAAGACAGUCAUGCCUUCAACAUGUUGACACGUUUAAUCAAUUCAAUACAUACAAUGUGUUUUAAUAUCCUAAUGUAACAGCUAUAUUCUGAUGAUACUCACUGGAGCGUGUACUGAGCUUUGUAUGCAUCCUGAUACACUUUGUAUUUAACCCAAAACAUAAUAUUACUGAUAAAUAAAGUUGUAUAAUUUC